AUUUCGCAAUCGACACAAUGGAACGCGCAAGAAUCCAGCUGGCGGCGACAAUGCGUCCGUCGGUUCCAGAGUGAAGGAGCCGGGGCGCGGGCGCGGGCAUGCGGGCGUCAUCCGCGGGAAAGCGCAAUAAUAUUGCACAUAUCCUAUUAUUGAGAUGGGGGAGAUCGGAAAGUGGCAGAGAAGGGGAAAAAUAGGCAACGCCAUCCCCUCCUUGGCUUCUUUCCCCUCGAGGGCAAAUGCUCACGACAGAAUUGCCUGGCAAAAGAGAAAGGUGAGCGAAGAUAGGAGAGACAUAAUCGUUGGUUGGAAAGGGGUGUAGCGUAGGGCUGUGCGAUUGGUCGGGCGAUGAUAAUCCGGGGGUUGUGGCUGUCUUUGGCGGUCUACUUUCAGAUAUUUUGUGGGGGAGCAACACUCAUCGUGUUGGCAGUUGCAUCUCCCCUCCCUCCCACCACCCCCAAUUCUCGUCGGAAUGACGGGAGACGGAGUGAUACAGCGAUAACGACUGCUGGAAGAAUGGGGAAAACAAGGAAGGCAGAGCGAAUAGUGUCUAUGUCAUGGAGGAAGGAUGGCAUGCCCAUGCCAUUUCGGGAGGAUCAUACAUUCUCCUGCGGCACGUGGUUGCUUUUUUUUCUUCCUAAGCAGGAGAUUCACCCCACACCAGGACGAGAAUGGCAUGAACAAGACAUAAGAGAAAUACAGAUUGGCGACGACGGGGUAAUGCAAUGGCGAGUGCACCAACGAGCGCGAUAUCAACAACGUAGGAGGAUGCGUGACAGCAUAGCCGCUGAUCUUGGUAACUUUUUGGCGCUCGAUUAUUCAACAAGCAUAGUUAAUGGUUCCGAGGCCGAGGUUUCGAGUUGGUAGGACGGUUCAGGUAGGGAGCGUGGAAGUGACGUCUUCCCGUACAAUGCCUUUUCCAACGACAUCCGUGAUAAGCGUGACCAAGUCAUAGGAAAC